CACUGUCAAAAAAGGAGCAUUGGUUCCAAUCAUAAUCUUGGCACAAUUAUCAUUCCAAGCUUUACAGGUAGCUAGUAACUACUGGAUGGCAUGGGCUAUUCCUCCUACAAGCGAUACACAACCAGUAAUUCGGAUGAAUAUCAUACUACUUGUUUAUUCAUCACUUGCUGUUGGAAGUUCACUUUGCGUGCUAUUGCGAGGUAUUCUAAUUGCCAUAACAGGACUUCAAACAGCACAAACGCUCUUCAGAAAUAUGUUAUAUAGUGUAUUCCGGGCACCAAUGGCGUUCUUUGACUCGACUCCAACUGGAAGAAUUAUAAACCGGGCUUCCAAUGAUCAAAGCGUUGUAGACUUGGAAAUGGCUUUGAGGUUAGGAAUGUGUGCAGUUUCAAUAAUUCAGAUUAUAGGGACCAUUAUAGUAAUGUCUCAGGUAGCAUGGGAAGUGUUUGUUGUUUUUGUUCCUACAAUUGCAGCUUGCAUUUGGUACCAACAAUAUUACACACCGACAGCCCGAGAACUUGCUCGGUUAUCUGGGAUACAACAAGCUCCAAUUCUCCACCAGUUUGCAGAGUCCCUAGCAGGAGCAGCAACUAUUCGCGCUUUCAAUCAAGAAGACAGAUUUUUCAAAACUAACCUUGCUCUUAUUGAUGACUUUUCAAGGCCGUGGUUCCAUAAUGUUUCAGUCAUGGAGUGGCUUUGUUUCAGACUGAACAUUCUAUCAAAUUUUGUUUUUGGAUUUUCAUUUGUUUUGCUGGUAUCUCUCCCCGAAGGAGUUAUUAAUCCAAGUAUGGCAGGUCUGGCAGUGACGUAUGGGAUAAACUUGAAUUAUAUGCAAACUUCAGUUAUCUGGAACAUAUGCAACGCAGAGAAUAAAAUCAUAUCAGUUGAAAGAAUUCUUCAGUACUCAAAAAUAAAGAGUGAAGCACCUCUUGUUAUUGAGAAUUGCAGACCACCAAGCAAUUGGCCGCAAGAGGGGAGGAUUUGCUUCAAAAAUUUGCGGAUUCGAUAUGCAGACCAUCUCCCGGAUGUCCUGAAAAGCAUCAGUUGCACCUUCCCAGCAAGAAAGAAAGUGGGUGUUGUAGGAAGGACGGGCAGUGGGAAAUCAACUCUCAUACAGGCACUUUUUAGGAUUGUUGAACCUAAAGAGGGAACCAUUAUAAUAGACGACAUUGACAUUUGCAAGAUAGGCCUCCAUGACCUGAGAUCAAGGCUAAGCAUCAUCCCUCAAGACCCUUCUAUGUUUGAAGGAACAGUUAGAGGAAACCUCGACCCACUGGGUCAGUAUACUGACCAGGAAAUUUGGGAGGCCUUGGACAAAUGUCUACUAGGUGAUUUGGUGCGUGCAAAGGACGAGAAGUUGAAUUCUUCAGUGGUUGAAAAUGGAGAAAAUUGGAGUGUGGGUCAACGACAACUAUUUUGUCUGGGAAGGGCAUUGCUCUCCAAGAGUCGUAUUCUAGUGCUUGAUGAAGCAACAGCCUCCGUUGAUUCUGCCACUGAUGGCAUCAUACAAAACAUCAUCGGCCAAGAGUUCAAAGAUCGUACCGUGGUUACCAUAGCUCAUAGAAUCCACACCAUCAUUGAUAGCGAUUUUGUCUUGGUUCUCAGUGAUGGAAGAAUUGCAGAGUUCGACUCACCGAACAUGCUUCUCAAAAGAGAGGACUCGUUUUUCUCUAAGCUAAUUAAAGAGUACUCCACGAGGUCUCAAAACUUCAAUAGUUUGGCUAAUCAAAGUUAUGAAUAGAGCUUGUGAGCAGCUCUUGGAUGAUGGAGACAUAUAAGCAACAUAAAAUUGCAGUUUGCAAUUGUGAUCGUGGUAAGCAUUUUCAAAAAGUUCGUUGAGUUGUAACCCCGAGUUGAUUCUAGGAGAAAGAUGGGGAUUGGAUUCAAUUCUAGUGUUGUUUGGGUUACUCCUGCUUAUUACAGGCCUCAAGUUCACAAUACCAUUAGACUCAUUCACAGUUUUUCUUUUUUACUUUUUAGUUGUCGUUACCAACUCGAGCAUAAUUCAACUA